UAGCACUCUUUGGAAGGGUAAGGUCAUAAUUUGUUCUUCCUCACGCCGUCACUGCAUAAAAAGCAGUUUGGAGAAAACGGACUUGCUUCUCGCUUUAUGUUGCACAACCACCGUAUUUUGCACUGAGACGUAGACUGCAAACAUGUUUUCUACACGGGUAGCGUCAGCUGUAGGCUUGGUUUCCAAGCAGUUGAGUUUGGCGAAGAGGGCAAACGGCCUAGGUUUGAAAUCGGUGUUGCGAUGUUAUCAGGCACUUCCAAAAGCACCACUUGAGGGCCUUAGAAUUCUCGACAUGAGCAGAGUUCUUUCAGGACCGUAUGCCACUAUGAUCUUGGGUGAUUAUGGUGCAGAAAUCAUCAAAGUUGAACGGCCUGGCCUUGGAGAUGACACUCGAGCUUUUGGCCCGCCAUUUUGCGAAGACCAAAGUGUUUACUUCAUGUCCAUUAAUCGCAACAAGAGAAGUGUUUGUGUCGACUUUAAGACCAAGAAAGGUGCGGACCUUAUAAAAAAGCUUGCGCAGAAAAGCGAUGUUUUGAUCGAAAAUUUUAUGCCUGGCAAGCUUGCCGAAAUGGGCCUUGGUUACGAUCAAGUAAAGGAGGUUGCACCAAAUAUCAUAUAUUGUUCAGUUACUGGCUAUGGACAGAGUGGGCCAUAUGCAAAUCGUGGUGGCUAUGAUGUGACAGCUGCAGCCAUUGGGGGUUUAAUGCAUAUAACAGGCGAGCCAGAAGGGGACCCAUGUCGUGUUGGUGUUGCCAUUACAGAUAUCACCACUGGCCUGUAUGCCCAUGGAGCCAUCAUGGCAGCUUUAUUGGAAAGGGAGAAAACUGGACAAGGAAGAUACAUCGACUGUUCCUUGCUGGCAUCACAAGUAGCUGUCCUAUCACAUCUUGCAGGUAAUUACCUCAAUUCCAAUGUUGAGGCAACUAGAAUUGGUGCAGGACAUCACAAUAUUGUGCCAUAUCAGGCAUUUAAAACAAAGGAUGGAAACAUGGUGGUUGUUGCUGGAAAUGAUGGACAGUUUAGAGCACUUUGUAGGAGAAUCGACAUGGAACACCUUCUAGAUGAUGAUAGAUUUAAAACAAAUGGCUUGAGAGUGCAGAACAGAAGAGUUUUGGUGCCACUGAUUCAAGAACGAUUGAUGCAGGAGAAGACUAGCCAUUGGCUUACCACAUUUGAAAAUGGUGGUUUUCCAUUUGGAUCAAUUAACACAAUGAGCCAAGUUUUUGAGGAUCCGCAGGUAAAGCAUUUGGGCAUGAUACAGGAGAUCCCACACUCAUCUGUUGGAACUCUGCGUCUUGCUGGCCCAGCAGUUGCUUUUGAUGGCACUUCUGAGAUGAAGAAGCCUCUUCCACCACCACUUCUUGGUGAGCACACACGAGAAGUAUUGCAAGAGGUCUUGAACCUUGAAGAUGGGUUUAUUGAUGAAUUAGAAGACCAUAAGAUAAUUGCUUGUAUGGAGUAGCCACACGGGGAUUUUGGUAGUAUAUUUAAAUUCAUAUUGCUGUCAGUUAAUGUUUGACAAUACAUUUUUAGUAAAUAUAACACAGAACAAUAUCAGCUGUUAAUGAAAAUCUGUGCUGUAAAGAACAAUGGCUGUGAACAGAAGUAAUGUCAUUAAAAUUUGAACACAAACCUAAUAAGAAAGCUAGAUUUUAACACCCUUUUUCAUUGGUAGAGAUAACAACAGUUCUUUUUCAAAGAAGUCAUAAUAGAGCUUAUGGAAUAUUGAAAAGUUUUAUCUAUGGCUCUGGCUACUACCAUAUUAUGACAUAUGUAGCAUUCCAUCAGUAGUCCAAUAACUGUACUUACCUUCAUAAUUUUGAGGUGAAUUCUACUUAGAAAUGUGACUUUGCUAAAGAUCAAACUUAAAUCUUUUUGUUCAUAGCUAUUGCCCCCCCCCCCCUCAUUAAUUUAAAGAUGUAUUUUUGUGCAUCUUUGUUUUUUCUUUUUAAAGCAUCAUCGAAGGAUAAAUUAAUGUUGCUAGCAGGUUAAGGUUCAUUUUGUAAGCAGCCUUUUUGGAAACAAGACAUUGCUUCAGUUCACGGCUUUUUUUUAAUUCCAUUUCACAACCCAUUCAAACACAAUUGACACACCUACGCUUACUGUAUUGUAAAAAUAAUUUCUUUCACCACAUUUAUACAUCUCAUCUAUGCUUAAUCAAUACACAGACAACAUUGUAUUGAAUGGUAAAUAUUAAAACAUUUAACACUUUUCUAAUGCUGUAUAAAUCAUUUGCUUAAAAGCUUUUCUGAUUUUUAGGAAAUUCUGUCUACCAGUGUCUGUCUUUGUCUGCAUCUGUUUUAGCGGGAUGUCCUCUUGGUUGGAUUUAUUACUAGAAAUAUAUUGCUUCAAUGGUUUAUUUAAUGAAUAUUCUUGGUGCUGAAUGGAUUUUUUACCAAAUUGAAAGGCUAUGAAUCUCCAAAUAGUAAUUGAAUCACUGUUUUGUUGGUUUGAUUUAGUUUUCUUAAUUCAUAAAAAUUUGUCAUAAGAAUUUUUAAAAAAUUUAAAUCCUUCCUCUUUGUCUGCAUAGAAAUAUUUCCUUUAUUGUUUGAUUAUAGUUUGACGUUUCAUUAUCAGCUUUUUGUUUCACCUUCAUCUUAACAUCUAAAAGUAUUUGUGCAAAGUUAAGAUGGGCAAUCUAAAAGUAACAAGCAGUUAAGGCAUUAUAGAAUUUGUUGAGCCAUUCAAUAUUUUGUAGUUUGUUAGCUGCAAAGAGAUGCUAAACUUAAUUAUGUUGCACCCUUUAAAAACUUGGGCAAACCCUUUAAAUGAGCCAAAAAAGUCAGGGGUAUUGCAAGACUGAAAUUAGUUAUUACAUAUGGAGUGAAAUAAGUAAUUUUGAAUAGUGUCAAAUGUUUUUUACAACUUAACUUUCUAAAGAACACCAAGAGAAGCAGAACGCCGUCAAUACCAAAUUGAUCAACUCAAGUCAAA